AUGUGGACGACCUCCAGCGGCAUCAACACGGACACGGCGAUCUACUGCUUCCGGCGGUGCUGCCGGUACGAGCCGCUCAGCACCAAGCUCCGCCGCGUCAGCAGAGACAAUAUUUCCAUCGCCGAGCUCUUCGACAUCGCCCUGCGCUACGCCGACGAGGAUCCUGCAUUCGACUCGGACGACGAGUAUGGGCAACGGCGCAAUCGCCGCCCCGCUCAGCCCGACAAUCGCCGCGGCGACUACCGGUUCGGCGGUCGGACAAGCAACGGCAAGCGCCGCGUAGACGGCAGACACACCGAACUCGUCGCCAACGCCGAUUACGAGCAGCGCGACCGAAGUCCUUCCAUCGCGACAACCGCGCGCCACGGGAGGAUCGACCUCAACCCAAACGGUUUGAUGCACGCAGCUUGCUGGACGCCCCGUGCAUCUACCACAGCAAGGAGGAUAGAGAAAGCUUGCCGCGCCAAGGAAGCCGACAGCAGUAAUCAGCACAAGGACCGCUCCAAGGACCAAGACCAGCAUAAGGAAGAUGGUUUCGGCCGCAGCGCCGGCUCGCUCCAUACCUUCACCGGGGUCGGCGACCGCCGGGAGAGGAAGGUCCUCACAAGGGCGGUGGCCGUCCACGCAGUCAUCCUCGACGACAUCCCAAGCUGGCUCAACUGGUCCGAGCAGAGGAGUUCCAUUAACAUCCUGUACUACGAGACCUUCCAGCGGCUCGGCCUGCCAGACUCCCGUCUCGAGAACACAAAAGUGACGUUCCACGGCAUCGUCCCGGGGCGGAAGGCCUUCCCGAUCGGCAAGAUCACGCUGCCGGUAACAUUUGGCACACCGGUGAACUACCGGACCGAGCGAAUAACGUUUGAAGUGGUCAACUUCCGAAGCCCAUACCACUGCAUCCUCGGUCGCCAAGCGUUCGCCAGGUUCAUGGCAGCGCCCCAUUACGCUUACAACAUGAUGAAGAUGCCCGGGCCCCGCGGCAUCAUCACCGUCCACGGCGACCCAGAGAUGGCACUAGAGUGCGAAGACAACGGCGCCAAGCUCGCAGACACCGUCAUCACCGAGGAACACGACCACAACGCCGAGCUCGCCAACCUUAACCGCGCCUGCCCCAAGGACCCAUUCGUCCUACCGCGAAUCAAUCAGAUCAUCGACGCGGUCACAGGGUCGGAGUCGCUAUGCUUCCUCGAUGCCUACUCCGGGUACAAUCAAAUAAAGAUGGCCAAAGAAGACCAGGAGAAGACGGCGUUCAUCACGCCACUCGGCGCCUACUGUUACACGUCGAUGACCUUCGGCCUCAGAAACGCUGGAGCGACUUACCAGCGGUGCAUGAACAACUGCCUGGAAAGCCAAAUCGGUCGCAACGUACACGUCUACAUAGACGAUGUGGUAGUCAAGUCGACUCGACAGGAUGACCUAGUCGCCGACCUCGCCGAGACAUUCGCCAAUCUGUGGCGCUACCAGAUAAAGCUCAACCCCCUGAAGUGCACCUUCGGGGUUCCAUCCGGACAACUCCUCGGUUAUGUCGUGUCCAAACGCGGCAUCGAGCCUAACCCGGAAAAAACUUCGGCAGUCAUGCGAACCAAGCAACCAACCUGCCUGGUCGACGCACAGAAACUCGCCGGGCGAGUCGCGGCCCUCAGUCGCUUCAUACCCCGACUCGGCGACAAGGCCACACCGCUCUAUCGCCUCCUGAAGAAAUCAGAGUCGUUCGAAUGGACGGACGAAGCACAGAAAGCCCUAGAAGAACUCCAGCACGCCCUGCGGAAUGCUCCUGUCCUUGCGGCCCCACUCCCAAACGAAACCAUGCUACUGUAUGUCGCCGCGUCCAAUCGCGCGAUCAGUGCGCGAGGCCCUAAUCGAGUCAAACAGCAGUACCCGCACUACCAAAAACUGGUAUACGCAGUGCUCAGGGCCCAACGGCGGCUGGCCCCUUACUUCCACGAGCAUCCCAUCAAGGUGGUCGCCUCAACGCCUCUCGCCGAUAUCAUCCGCAACCGCGACGCAACUGGUCGGAUUGCCAAAUGGGCAGUCGAACUCGGCGUCCACAAUAUCACGUACAAGUCGCGCCAUGCCAUUAAAUCCCAAGCGCUCGCCGAUUUCCUUGCCGACUGGGAGGAAGCCCAGCAGCCGAACUCUCCCGCAGACCUCAAGCACUGGACAUUGCACUUCGACGGAUCCAAAAACCUCGAAGGAGCAGGAGCGGGGGUCGUCCUCACUUCGCCCAAAGGCGACACCGUGAGGUACGUCCUGCAACUCCGAUUCGAGCCCUGCACCAACAACAUGGCCGAGUACGAGGCGCUACUCCACGGCAUGCGCGUCGCAAAGGAGAUGGGCGCAACACGGCUACGCUGUCUUGGCGACUCCGACCUCGUCGCCAGCCAGACAUCCGGCACCUGCGACGCCACCGACGCCAACAUGAUCGCCUACAAGCGAGCGGUCGACCAGGCUGGCGCCAGCUUCGCCGGUCACGUCGUCGAGUGGGUCGACAGAGGCAAGAACGAAGAAGCGGACGCGCUGGCGAGGCUUGGCUCCAAGCGACUCCCGCCACCGCCCGGCGUCUUCCUCGACAUCCUCAGCCACCCGUCGGUGCGCGCUCCGCGGGAGAUCGACAUCGCCGAACCACCCGCACCCGACUCCGCUCUAGUCGCACUCGCCUCUGACACCGACGACUGGACAGCACCCGUCUCUGGAGUGUUCCAGCGGUGCGUCACCGCCGAUGAAGGACGCAACAUUUUGCGCGAUAUCCACGCAGGCGACUGCGGCCACCACGCAGGAGCGCGCUCGAUCGUCGCCAAAGCCUUCCGGCACGGCUUCUACUGGCCAACAGCCCUCGAAGAAGCAGUCGACCUCGUCCACGCAUGCACUGGAUGCCAGAGGUACGCAAGCCAAUCGCACAUGCCGGGCUCGGCGCUAAAGACCAUACCACUCACCUGGCCGUUCGCCGUUUGGGGCAUGGACAUGGUGGGCAAGUUCAAGACAGCCCCCGGCGGGUACACCCACCUCCUGGUCGCCGUGGACAAGUUCACCAAGUGGGUGGAGGCAAAACCCAUCAAGAAGUGCGAUGGUAAAACAGCCACCAAAUUCCUGCGCGAAUUGAUCUACCGCUACGGUUACCCCCACAGCAUCAUCACGGACAACGGCACCAACUUCGCCAAGGGAGAAAUGGCCGACUUCUGUGAAGACAAGGGCAUCCGACUCGACCUCGCGUCAGUCGCACACCCCGAGUCGAAUGGGCAAGCAGAAAGAGCGAACCAGAGCAUCCUCCAUGGAAUCAAACCACGGUUAGUAGUACCUCUGGAGCGCGCAGCCGGAUGCUGGGCAGAAGAACUCCCUUCCGUCCUGUGGGGCAUCCGCACAACACCCAACAGGUCGACUGGCUUCACGCCCUUCUUCCUCGUGUACGGCGCCGAAGAUAUCAUGCCCACAGACAUCGCCUACGAUUCGCCACGAGUCGCCAACUACGUCGAAGAAGAAAAUGAACGCGCUCGACAAGAUGACGUCGAUCUCCUCGACGAAGCACGCGACCUCGCACUCGCCAGGACAGCCAUCUACCGGCAAGGUCUCCGCCGCUAUCACAGUCGACGUGUCCGCGGCCGCUCCUUCCAAGAAGGCGACCUCGUCUUGCGGCUAAUACAUGACAAGAAGGGCAUGCACAAGCUUUCCCCUCCAUGGGAAGGGCCAUUCGCCGUCAGCCGCGCACUCGGCAACGACUCCUACUACCUCACCGAUGUUCGCAAGGAUGACAAGGGUGAGCCGCUCACCAGGGAAGUCGAGCGUCCUUGGAACAUCAACCUCCUUCGUCGGUUCUACACCUAG